CAGAGCCGGGUCCAUGGCUGUGUAAAUGGUCAAAGGUGGGAUCUUUGGGGGCCAAAGAAAUAGCAAAGUCUCUAUGAUAUCAUGAAUCAUUGAAAGCAUGACUUGAUUUAUGCAAACAUAAUCCUCCAAAUGGUAAUCAAAUCAUGCAGAUAAGGAUUCAUUCUUAUCAGGAUGACAGCUAAAAAUGGAUGAGUGUGUGAUGGACCCUCUCACCAUGCAAUGUGUUCCCUAGUCUCACUUUGUAGCACAUGAUAAUACUCAGUCCAGCACAUGUAACACUCUUGCUUCCUUGCUCCACUAUAUAUAUAUAUAUGGCUCCACAUGCAGCCAUAAUAAACCUCUAAACAUUAGCUGAAUUCUAUUUAUCAUCGUCAGAAAAUUUAAGUACAUAACUAUGCAAAUCAAUUUCCAAUUUGAUGUUAGAUCUAGAUCUAGACAAGCAAAGGCAGUUUUUUUCAUGGGGGAGGAGGGACCAAACUAAGUUAAUCUAAUGGGACAGUACCAUCAGAAUAUUAUUCUAUUUUGUAGUAUUCAAGCUCUCAUCAGUCUAUAAAUUUGGAUAUGCUCCUAUCCUUUUUCCAUCACACAUUGAACAACAAUGGCCAUGGCUAAACUUGUUCUUCUGAUGGCCUUGACCCUGCUUGCAAUUCUGAUGGUUGAGUCUGCGGUGUUUAAAGACAGAAUUGGUGAUCAAGAAGAAGAGUAUCAUCUAGACAGGGCUCAAUACAGAUCGGGAAGUCUCCGAAGUUACCAAUGCCCAUCUCAAUGCUCAAGGAGGUGUUCACAGACUCAGUACAAGAAGCCAUGCCUCUUCUUUUGCAACAAAUGUUGUGCAAAGUGUUUGUGUGUGCCACCAGGGUAUUAUGGGAACAAAGGUGUGUGCCCCUGUUACAAUAACUGGAAGACUAAGCGUGGAGGCCCCAAAUGCCCCUGAAAAAAAUCAUUUCCAAUCUACAACUAGAUUUACUGAUUAUUCUACUGUCAGCCAUGUGAUAACCUUAAUGAGCUCUACAAGCCUCUGUUUUUAUUACGAUAUAGUGUUCUCAAAACACUAGGGUGAUUAAGGAGGAUGUGCUGAGACAUGCGCUGUCUAAGCGUGCACAAAUUGUACCAACACUUUAUUGUACCUUUAUGCUCUUAAAUUGUAUGCUUGCCCCCCAAAUCAGGAUAUUACUGAGUCACUUUUGACAUUAUUUGUGUCCUUAUUCAGGCCAAUGGUCUAGUGGCAACAUGUGAUC